AUGGUGAGGUGUUUAAUAUGGCGAACGAGUUGACAAAGCUUUGACAGUUUAUAUUUAAUAAGAAAAGCUUGUUUUUACAUGAAUUUCUCAUGACGAUGUAUACCCUACCGAAUUUUUGUCGCGUGUGCCUCAAAUACGAUAAAAAUCUCAUAGAUUUACAACACAUAGAAAAUGAACCAGGCGAGGCUUUGAUGACUAAACUUCAACACUGUGUAGCAGAAGUGGAAUGGACUAUAUUCAAACCUUUAUUGUGCCAUCCCUGCGUCAAAAGACUGAACGUUGCAUAUAGUUUCAAGAAGCAAUGCACCCACUCGGCGGGAGUGUUAAAAAACUACAUAGAACUGGUAAAAGAAUCUCAGAAGAAAAAUGAAUCUCAAAACGCAGUAAAAUCAGAAGCGACGAUUUCCCCAGCUGCAGGAACUUUCAUGCUGCUGCCAAACCAAAAAUAUGUUAAGAUAUUAGUGGGAGGACAAAACCAAGGGGCCAAUACUUUCCAAAAUGUGUUUUUGAAUCUCAUACCUGCGAACGCACUUAAUCCUGGGGUUAAUUCGCAAUCAGAGACUAAUGGAAUCAAGACAACUGACACUAACCAGAAUGUAUUUUUGAAUUUAAACAGCACAUUCCAGAAAUUUAUCCCACUACAGGCACCUGAACUUCACAUAAUUAAAAAACCACCAGAGGCACCGCAGAAACCCAGUGUUAAUGUUAAUCAGAUCUUGACUGAAACGAAGACAGAAGAGUUAAGUGUGGAGAUAGACCCUACUAUAUUCGGACUAGAAGAUGAUGAGGAUAGUGAUAAAGAAGAGGCCAACGACUAUGACGAGGUUAUUUCGCAGGCUAAGAUUCACUUGACGGAUUUGAAGGAGAAUGGUGAAAAGGUUCAGAAUGGCAAAGAUGAAUCAAAAUAUUAUGUUCCUAUACUACCUAAGUCUCAAGAAGAUUUCUUCUCGUCGUCAGGUCAACACUUUCUGUUUGGUCCAUCGUCAAAUCAAGGAGGUUUCAGUUGCGAGGCCUGUCAAAAGUCUUUCGCCAGUAAGAAGCUUCUCAAAACGCACAUCAAACAGUUCCACUUAGGCAAACUACCUUUCAAAUGCGAGUACUGCUAUGGGGAGUUCACCACCAGAACGGAGUAUGAAAUGUGCGUGAAAUCGCACAAAAACGAAGGGGAAGCACACGGGGCUCUUACGUUACAAGACUUCAAAAGUUCAGGUCCCUUGGGUGAUAUUCAAUUGGCAGACCUCGCGGGAAAUAUAGAGCCCACUGAGAACGGGGACUAUGUUUGCGACGUAUGUCACAGGCCGUUUAACAGUGCUACUGGCGUCCUGAGGCACAAAGUGCGCAAACACAACCAGAAGAAUAAGAAAAAAUACUUCAUCAAAGGCAUGAAGAACGCCAGGUGCGACAUCUGCAACAGGGAGUUCUCCACACAGUCGUACAUGCAACUCCAUAAGAAGCUCCACCUUCGAGACGAUGUGGGCUGCAAGUUCAAGGUUUUCGGCAAAAGCAAAUAUGGAGAUAUGGAUAAAUCAUUAGUGACGCACGAACAAACUAGUUUUGAUGACUCGAAAAUAGAGAACCUGGACGUCACGCCUGAUAUCUUUACUGGAGAUGACAGCAAUGAGGAGUCCAAGUAUGAUCCGUCAACAAGCACUGAUAAUAGAUCGGUGGAUGAAACGACAGAAAAGAUGGAGGUCGACGAGGAUGACAAUCUUUCCGAGAACGAUAACGAGACGGAUGAGGACGACGAAGAAGAGGAAGAGGGGAAACAAGACUCGAAUCCAGAUGAAACUAAUGUGAUAGUAGAAAAAGAAGAUGAAAAUUUAAGUGAUUGAAUUGAGCUUUCUGUAUCGUUAAUAUUAAGAGGUAUAUAUCAGUAUCGCCGCUUCGGACUUGACCGCACGUGACAACCUUCUAUCCCUCGAUGUGAUGGACGGCACAACAAUAAUUGACAUGUCUAUCAUUAGUGUUCUGUAAGAACACAAAAAAAUUUAACCGUAUGCUCAAUAACCUAUAAAUUUUCCUACAAGUGAAGAGACUCUUUAUUGUGAUGUUUAAGAUAGACUGUUGAUUGCUUUGACCAGUUUUUAAAACCUUAAUUGCUUUAAGUAUCGUUUAAAGUGAACCGCAAGCGUAGAAGUGAAUUAUUAUUUUGUGGAUUAGUACAUAUAUGUCUCAAUUCAAACUUACAACCUGUUUUGUUGAGUCUUUCCAAAUGUCAAACUAUCACCUAGCAAAGUGAUCAAAGGAAAAGCAGAAACGUUGUUAAAAUUGUUUAUAAGUAAAACAUUUCAAUGUUUUUGCAAAAGUUUUGCAAAGUUCGAAACAUUUUUUCCUAACUUUUUUUUAAAUUUUAAUUUAUGAAAUAACUUUCUCUCUCUCUCUCUCUCUCUCUAUCUCUCUCUAUCCCUCUUGCUCUUACUUAUGUUACCCGUAGAAUCAAUGUAAGCUCUUUUUUUGAUAUGUUAUGGCAAAAAACUUGUUUAUGAUUGAAAUGGAAUAACUUUUAAACUUUGAUUUUUUUACUUUGACAG